GCGUUCUCGUGGCCUGUCCCUUGAGGCAGCGCCGUCGGGCAGCCGGUCUCCAUGGCGCUUGUGGGGCGCCUUGUGUCUGCAGCGGCCACCGCUGAUCACCAAGCCGCUCACCCCAUUGCAGCAAGAGAUGGCGGAUCUACUACAGAAGGUGGAGACAGAGAGAAGUCUGUAUUCAGAUCACGAGCUUCGUGCUCUGGAGGAAGCUAAGCAACUGGCGAAGAAGAAAGCUGACCUUUAUGAUGAUGGCCAAGAUGAGCAGGGCGUUACACUUGUACAGGACUUAGAAGAUAUAUGGGAGCAGGCAUUCCUACAAUUCAAACCUGGAGCUCGAGUAACAGAAGCUGAUAAAAAAAAUGACCGAACCUCGCUGAAUCGUAAACUAGACAGGAACCUUGUCCUCCUAGUCAGAGAGAAGCUUGGGGAUCAGGAACUUUGGAUGCUCCCUCAAGUACAGUGGCAGCCGGGGGAGACCCUUCGAGGGACAGCUGAGCGAAUCCUGGCCACACUCUCAGAAAACAGCAUGGAAGCCAAGUUCCUAGGGAAUGCACCUUGUGGGCACUAUAAGUUCAAACUCCCCAAGGCAAUUCGGACAGAGAGUGACAUUGGGGUCAAAGUCUUCUUCUUCAAAGCUCUGCUGCUCACAGGAGAUGUCCCUCAGACUGGGAAGAAGUCCCAUCAUGUGUGGGCCAGUAAGGAAGAGCUGGGUGACUAUCUGCAGCCCAAGUACCUGGCUCAGGUCAGGAGAUUUCUUCUGGACUUCUGAUGGAUGCAGCAGCUGCCUGUGGACGAUGCACACACAAGUCAAGUGCUAGGACCUCAGAAACAAUGCUGAUGCCCAUUUACAGGGACCGUCAAGCACCAAAUGAAAUUCUGUGAAUUAAAUGUGUUUGUCAUUGUGUUGGAUUUUGCUUGGGGGACAACUGGCUUUGCUCUGUAGCCAGUUAAAUCAUUAUGUUCUAGUGACUUAAGAACAGAGGAAAUGAAUUGGUCUAAAUUCCAAGUUCUGAGAAACUUUCUAGGCUCAUGAAAAGCCUAGUUUUAUAGCUUGUUAGCUGUUUUCCAUUUUACUUUUCCAUUUGAUGGGAAGGACAGAUCUUCUUUCUCUCUCUCCAUUUUUGAAGUUUUAUAUUUAGAUGGGGAUUAAUCACUUCUUACCUGUUUAGCACUAGUCAUUUGAAAUAAAGUCUGACUUCUCUCCAGCCUA